UAUUAAUGCAAACCAUCCCAAACAAUCACUCGCGCACCUUUUAUAAAUAGAGGACAUGUCGCCGCUCGAAGGGAAUGAAAAGUUUUCAGUGUUUUCGGCAUUUUCGGACGCCUGCAAGUUAAAAAUAGUGCGUGCGUAUUUCGCGAUUUUUUUAUGGUCACCAUUGUCGCAGUUUUCUUCGGCAUCAAUGAAAGGCAGAUUUUCUCAGGGGAGAAUUUCGAGGGCUGCUAAAAGAAUCUGAGACAAUAGUGAAAAUUAAUUCACCAAGAUGAAUUUGAUGUUCAGAAAAAACUUCCGGGAGCAAAAAUCCGGAUGUUUGGUGGGCAAGGGAACGAAAAGCCCGGUGGGACGUCAUACAAGUAAGAGAACUAGUAGAGAGGCAGGAUAUACAGCUAUGGAGGAGCAUCACUAUAGAACGCACUUAUUUUUUAGUCCACCACGAUGUAGUUUCAGUCCGGACGAAGAAGAUGGUCUUGGUAGCCCAGGUAAUGCCAUUAGAAUGCAAAGUGCUAGAUUAUGUCAAGAGCCGCGCUGCGGGCCGCUGACGGGGGCGGGCGGCGAGCCGCUGCCGAUGCAGUCGUCCAUCUCGCCCGCGAUGACGGAGUCCGAUCUGCCGCAGCCGCUGCUCGUCCGCGCUCCGGAGGCGGGACUGAUGCGGUGGCCGCCGGGGCAGACCGGCAUGGGGGCCUCGCAGAAGAGCACGCCCGUCAGGCAGGUUAGUUUCAACUACGGAAACGAUGGUGACAACUCCAGAUCUCUCUCAGGUCUGGAUAAGGAUUGCUUUAUUAUUCCUGUCCACAGUUUGGAUAGGUUCUUACCAGAUGGGGUUCCAAUGCCAAAACCCCCUCCUGCAUUCGGAAACUCGUUAGAAAAAAAAGGAAACUUGCAUGUGAUGGAGGUGCCCGAUCCCAAAUUAUGCGUCUUAUGUCACCUGAUGAGCCCUUUAGAGCCCAUAGAUCCUAUAUUAGAAUCUCCCCUGGUGCAGCCUCUUUUCAAACAGAGGGUGUCUGCGGGAGAGUUAGUUAAUGAAGUUGCCCAAGCCAAAACGGCUGUAACCGGAAUGUUGCUAGCCAAUAUGGAAAGGAAUGUUGAAUUCCCAUUCAUUACAUACUAUGUGAUAAACACGUCACAAACGAAUCCUGUGAUGUUCUACAAUAAUUUACGUACUGCCAGUUUGACCAAAUUCGAUCCGAGAUCGACAAGAUAUACCGCAGCUCAUACGCUGGACCUCUACACCGAAGUUGCCUCGAUAUGUCGACCUCCCAUCCACGAAAUUGGCAUCCCUCUACCCAAAGUACAUACGACUUCUACUGGAUACAUGGUAUCGAUAUUCAAAGUGUUUGAAGGAGAUGACAGAGAGAAAUUCGAAAGGAAUUGGUUGUACUGGACAGGUGCCAGGAUGAUUUACCGAUACCUGCCAGCGGCAGCAGGGUUGCGAAGAAUAUCUCUCCAUAAAUCUCUGAGUCCCAAGGGUGACAAGAUGUAUAUUUUAUUAUGUGAAUGUGCAAAUUUGCUGUCUGAUGUGGCUGUUUGCGCUCUCAUAUUACCAGCUUUGAGAGCAAGAUUGACUGGAUACACGGGAAUUUUUAGACCAUUACAAACAUUUUGACAUGUUAAAAAUUCAUGAGCUUGACGACCAACCAACAAUCAAUACCUAAACCAUAAAAUUUCAAAUCACAGCAAGUGACAUUAUGAGAAAAAAAUAAACUUUUGUUUCAACAAUGCAGAUGACAGUAAUUUUGUAUGAGAUUUAUGAGAUUAAGUAGGUAGUCUAUUUUUUUAUUUCUAUUAAUCCUGAAUCUUUUGGCAUUAAUUCAGAUUUUAUUCCUCAGCCAAUUUUGUGAUUUAGUUCUAAACAAACCAGAAUAUCCAGUUCAAGUAUGGGGUGUUUUUCUCAACCCUUAAAAUAAUAUGCGGUGUAUUAAAAAAAACAUAUUUCUUGGUUCACUAUCACUUGGUCGGUGGAAGAUUGUUUUCUCAAUUCAUUUUCAUGAUUUUUGGCCAAACUGUGGUAAGAAACUAUGUUUAGAUAUCGAAGUUAAAGAAACAAUGCAUCUUAUCUCCGAAAUAGCAAUUUUACAGGAGAUGAAGAAAACUGGAUGAAAACGAGCUAUUCUGUUAUUCACUGAUAUACGAGGUAUUCGUUGAAGUCAAUUUGAAGAAGUCAAUAUCAACCUUUAACAUACGAGUUACUAAUGUACACUCGUCUUCAGCAAACAUGUCGCGGUUGGACGGUGUAAACGCUCCUAUUGCAGCAGUAAUUUAGAGAACACACACUGUCCAUGUGCGACAUGUGACGAGUGUACAUAGGCACAUCAAGUUUGUAUGAUGAACACAUUUUCAGUAAAAAUUGAGAUACAAAGUAUUGUUUCUGAAGCGUCAGUUUAUAGCAAUAAAAGAUGUUGAAUUGUUGCUGUUUGAGUAAACUUUUUUUAAAGAAGAAAUUCAAACAUACUUGAACUGAGAUCAAAAGAAUGUAGAAACACUGUUUUUGUGAUGUUUCCAAUAAUUUGUACAUAAAAGCUUUACGGCUUCCCUGUUCAGUAGCAAUAAUAUGUCAGAAUAUUCGAGUAUGCAAAAAUUCGCUUGAAAUUCUGUUCUACUAGAUAUACCGGGUGUCCCAUAGCUUUUAGGAGAGCAAAAACAAUACUUGACAAUAAAAUGUGAGAUAUUCGGGGUGAAAUGCUCCUUGAAGUAGUUAUUUUAAAUCAACCUCCUGCCAAACAAUUCACUAGAAUCCAGCCCUAACUUCCGGUAUGGGAUUUGCACCAAUUGUUUAUUUUCAGUUCAUAUCUUAACUUCGCUCGUCAUUAAAUCAACGAUAUACCGAGUGACACAGGAGUUCAUGGAACCAAAAACAAUUCUUACUAUUCCUGACAUUUAUGUGUGACAGGCAUGUUACAAUCGAUAUGGUAGACGUUUCAGAACAAAUGAUUGAGAACUUCUAAUCAUCAUUUCAUUAUUUCCAAAAAAUAUUAAAAAACAAAUGUAUUACAUCACAUUUAAAAUGUAGUAGGUAUAGGUAUAAUAAUAAUUCUAGUAAUGAUUAUAAUAAUUGAUAUGUUAUAUGAUCUCUAUAUGGAUGACAUGACAAACUUCAGAAGAAUAAAUGCAGUUUUUUUUGAAUUUUUUGGUAGUGAUAUUAUAUAUGUCUCGUUAGCAUUUCAUUGUAAAGUAAUAAUUCAUUGUAAUGCAUCUCUUUCCAAAUUCAAAUUUGAUUUUAAUGAGGGCAAACAUGUCUACUGUCUAGUCUGGUUGAAUGUGAAUGUAUGUAUAUUACCAUUAAUUUUAAAAUUCAAAUUGGAAUUUUUAUAAUUGUGUUUGACUGAAUGAAUGGAUGUUAAUAUUUUAAAUAUAUAUAUUUAUAUAUACAGGGUGAUUCAGGUUUUAAGGCACAAACUGAAAUGGAAGAUAGAUCUCAUCAUUUUAAUCAAAAAAGUUUAUAUAAACAUUAGUCCGAUCUCGUUCAAUAGCGGAGCUACAGGGGGUCAAAGCUGAAUUAUUUUCUUCUAUUAGUUGAAAUAUCUCGCUUACUUUUCAAGAUAUCAUUUUGAAAUUCGGUGUGGUCAAUACUUCCUAGAAGAUGAUCAUUUCAAGGCAUCUAAAGAUUUUCAAAAUCUACAGGGUGAUACGUUUAUGGGGGUAGACGCUUCCUUAUUCCCCCCAAACUUUUCCGUAAUACGCCUCUGGCAUCUUUCAGUGAUCAAACUAUGUGCAUCGUUCAAUUUAAAGGCUCUUUUUGCUCUUCAAGUUUUUCCGAGAAACGAACCGUUUUUGAGAUAAAUCCGCAUAUACGUUCUAAAACAUGUUAAUUUUGCCUGUUUCGCUUAAAUUUUAUUCAACUGAAAAAAACCUUGACUUUUUACCCUCUGUAUCCCCAAUACUGAUCCAGAUUGGACUUGUGAUUGCAAUUUUAGUGAGUACAUUUCAUUGCAUUUUCAACGAAAAUAAAAUGUAAGUGAAACAUAGGCAAAAUUAACAUGUUUUAGAACGUACAUGCUUAUUUAUCUCAGAGCCGGUUUGUUUCUCCAGAAAGAGAGAAAAAGCCUGUAAAUUGAACGAUCCACACACUGAAAUCACUGAAAGAUGCCAGAGGCGUACUACGAAAAAGUUUGGGCUACCCCCAAAAACGUAUCUCCCUGUAGAUUUUGAAAAUCUUCAAAUGGCUUGAAAUGAUGAUCUUCUAGAAAGUAUUGACCACAUCAAAUUUCGAAACGAUAUCUUGAAAAGUAAGCAAGAUAUUUCAAUUGAUAGAAAAAAAUAAUUAAACUUUGGCCCCCUGUAGCUCCGCUAAUAAACGAGAUCGGACUUAUGUUUAUAUAAACUUUUUUGAUCAAAAUGAUGAGAUGUAUCUCCCAUUUCAGUUUGUGCCUUAAAAUCUGAAUCACCCUGUAUAUAUAUAU